CAGAGAGCAGGGCUGCCAAUGUGUAGAUUAUUCAUAGAUUAUGGGCCAUGGAGAUGAUGGGGGUUGAAAGGCAGUGCGAGGUGGAGAUACUAAAACAGUCCCAAAGAGAGUUACAGUGGGUCCAAAAACAGCUGUCGAUCAUCUCUAACAGAGCCAAUGGCCCAGGCAGUACCAAGGAUAAGAAACUGAGGAAUGAUGUGUUUCCAUUGCAUUUAUCCGAGUUAUCGCCUCAGCAUGUGGAAGCGUACCGGCUGCUAGAGGACAGGAAACACAAACUCUCACCCGAGACCGCCGCUCUCUACCUGCUUCGACAACAGCACAAACUAUUGGAGACUGAGAUCACCAGGAAGAGAAAGGAGUGUGAAGUCCUUGAGGAGGAGGUGAAGAAAAAGAGCCAGUCAUGUCAAACUCUGGAGAGUGAGCUUCAGCAUGUUCUGCAGGAGAAAGCACGUCUGAAUCUCCGCUUGUUCAAUGAUAUCCAGAAGGCAGCAAAGUAUGAGCAGGUGAAAAGCGAGUAUGAACAGCUGCAGGAGGCUCUGUACACUGUGACAGUGCAGAGAGAUUGUGCUCUGUUGGAGAGGACUGAGCUCCAAGGCAAACUGGAGAACCUAGAGCAGGUGCUGAAGCAUAUGCGAGAGGCUGCAGAGAGGAGGCAGCAGCUAGAAUUAGAGCAUGAACAAGCCUUGGCCGUCCUUAGUGCCAAGCAGCAGGAGAUUGACCUUCUGCAGAAGGCUCAGGUUGAGGCUAAGAAGGAACAUGAAGGUGCCGUCCAUCUGUUAGAGAAUCACUUGGACAGCAUGCAGCUGAGAAGUUUCCUUCGCACUAAGAACACAAUGCGAUUUUUGGCUAAAGUGAGAGAACUGGAGGAAAAAUGCCGGGCACAGAGUGAGCAGUUUAACCUGCUGUCAAAAGAGUUGGAGAAGUUCAGGUUGCAGGCUGGGAAGUUAGACAUCCUGAGCAGCAGUCAGCUGACAGGGGGCGACUCGCCUGGCUCACCCACCAAACCUCUCACCCUCUCCCAGCUUCUCAACGGCCUCACUGCCCCCUCUGGGAAAGGUACAAUGGACAAAGAGCAAGGCUCGUCCCCCAGGUCUAAGUCCAGAUACACAGGCAAAGUGCGAUUGUGUGUUGCCCGCUACAAGUGA